AUGGGUAUAUUACCAAUAACAAACCCAAAAUGUAGCACCACCAACAACAACAACAACAAUAACAAGAACAACAUGGGUCUUCUACUUGUGUUGUUCCCACAAGACAAGUCCACCACCACCACCAUUGCCGACAAAACCAAGCUUAACUUCCCUUCAACAUCAAAAUCACUAUUUUCAAAAGCUCAAUCCACUAUUUCAAUUUGCGCAAUCCUCUUAUUCUUCACUCUCAUACUCUUCACCCUCUCCACCAUACCCAACACCCCUUCUUCUUCUCCUCUUCCUCUUCCUCCACGCUUCCUCCUUCACAAAACCCAAACCCACAAACCCCAUUUCGCUCUUCAACGCAUGGGUACUCUUCAUCGAAGAGGAACCAGAGCCAUGACCAAUCUCCUCGUUUGCCACGUGUCAGACGAAACCCCACUAGACGAUUUUCGCUUCUUCGUUAGACUCCUUCACCGUUCCACCCUCACUGCUUCAACCGACGUCGUUUUCCUCUUCGCUUCUCCUUCCUCUGUUUCCACCUUCGCUCCCAUUCUUCGUCAAGAGAACAACGCAUUCUUCUCCUUCCUUCGCCAACAUUCCCGGUUCAACUCAACCCGGUUCAACCUCACUCGGUUCUUCUUCAAGGAACCGCGAAUGGGAGAGCCAGAGCAGACCCUUUGGGGUAAUAAGAAAAUUCGAAGUAAUUUCGAUGAUGUUGAUUUACUGAGUUAUGGAUCGGUGCUGAGUUUCGACGCUACCGAACUCGACCCGGAGAACUCGCUCGCCGGGUUUCUUGACCGAGUUCCGCUGAGUUUGCGAAGGUGGGCGUGUUACCCUAUGUUACUCGGCCGAGUCAGGCGCAAUUUCAAACACGUGAUGCUCGUCGACGUUAAAAGCGUCCUCAUUUUGAACGACCCGCUCGGCCGAGUCAGGAAUCGGAGUCCCGAGUCAGUUCUUUUGUUCACGAAAGCAGAGAAGCACGGUAAGAAAACUCAGCGAACGGUUCUCUCCACCGUCGUCAUGGGCGGCGCUCGCGGUGUUCGGAGGUUGUCAAACGCGGUGCUGGUGGAGAUUGUUCGAGCCGCAAUCCAGCACAAGAAGAAGAAGAACUCGGUGUCCGAGUCAGCGAUUCUGAGUCAACUCGUCGGUGAUGAGUUUAUGUUGAAGAACAGGAACAUUAAUUUGAUCCCCUCGAGUGAGUCAAUACCCGAGGCGAGUUCACUCGGUGGCCACCACUCAGGUGCUUCCACGUCAUUGUCUGAUUAUGCAAUAAUUCAACGUGGUGCAAGUAAUCACGACCUUAAUUCUGUUUUUAAGAAGCAAAUUUGUUCGUGUAUGAUAGAUUCUUCUGUUUAUAAAGAUUGUUAA